ACGCCUCAGUCAGUGGAAAUCCGUCAGUUCCAGCUCGCAGGAGUCCACGGAGGAUUUAAUUAUCUGUCAUUUUAUACACCAGGGCAGCAGAGGCGAACAAACUGCUCCCAUCCUGCAGAGACGGCGUCUCCUGCGAGCGUCUCCAGAGGCUGCUGAUGCGCAAAGAGCGUGUAAAAGCUCAGAUAAACCGUCUGUUCACAACCUGCCCGACACCAAACAGCAGAGAGAUCAAGUUAGCAACUAGCAGGUGGUCAGCCUGAAAAAAGACAUCAUGAGCGACCGCUUCGACUGCAAAAACUGCAACGAGUCCCUGUACGGACGCAAAUACAUCGACGUGGAGGACAACCCUCACUGCAUCCCCUGCUACGACCGCCUGCACGCCAACACCUGCCAGGAAUGUAAAGAAAUCAUCAGUCACAAUGCCAAGGAGCUCUUCUAUGAGAACAGACAUUACCACGAGCACUGCUUUCGCUGUUUCCGCUGCGACCGCUCUCUGGCAGAUGAGCCCUUCACCAGCCAGGAGGACGCACUCGUGUGCAGCGACUGCUUCUGCAACGAGUUCUCCUCCAAGUGUGUGGCCUGCGACAAGACAGUCAUGCCAGGAUCGAGGAUGUUGGAGUACGGCGGCUCUACGUGGCACGAGGACUGUUUUAUGUGUCACGGCUGCGAGAAGCCGAUCGGAGCCGAGGCUUUCAUCCCAGAUAAAAACAACUACUACUGUGUGCCAUGCUACGAGGGCAGGUUUGCUCCUCAGUGCAGCCACUGCAAAAAGGCUCUCACUAAAGGAGGGGUGACCUACAAGGACAAGGUGUGGCACAAAGAGUGUUUCUUCUGCAACGGCUGCAAAGCUCCUCUGGCUGGUCAACCCUUCACCUCGCAGGGAGAAAGUCCGUACUGCGUCAAGUGCUUCAGCAGCCUCUAUGCCAAAAAGUGUGCCGGCUGCAACACAGCCAUCACAGGGUUUGGAGAUGGAAAGUAUGUUUCUUUUGAGGACCGGCAGUGGCACCAGCCGUGCUUCAAGUGCUCGCGCUGCUCUGUGUCGCUGGUGGGCUCCGGCUUCUUCCCCGACCGCGACCUGAUUCUGUGUACGGACUGCAACAACGACGACUGACCGCCACUAACUACACCUGCAACACCUGCACCCAAAACAGCGAAAUGUCAAACACUGCUGACACCAGCAGAGAAACUUCCAAACCUCAGCUUUGCACAUGAACACUGCAGUAUUGCUAAUUCACUCAUAGUCUACAGCUGAUACAGAGCUCAGUAUUUACGACUAAAAAUCGGCCUUUAGCACAUUGAAAUGUUUGUAUAAAUUCCGCAGAACUGUCCUGUGAUGUAUGUCUAUGACUAUUUCUUAAUUUCAUAUCGUUUGCACAUCUUUUUAUUCAAUUUUUAUUUUAUUCAAAGAAUGAGUAAAAUAUUAUAUAUAUAUAUAUAUAUAUAUAUAUACAUAUAUAUACGCCUUUGAAUUAAGCCGUUUUUUUAUCCAGAAAGGUGAUAACCCACCCUUUUAUAACACCAAAAUUUGAGACAUCAUUGUACUUUUUGAACUAAAUAUUCCAAUUUAUAAAACUGAUUUUCUUCUUCUCCUGCUACUUGCUGCUUGUAUGUAAACUAGUUGUUGAAAACAAAUUUGCUAAAGUUUCUUUUCAGCUUGAAUCAACUGUCACUGGUGUACAUGCAAUAAAAAAAUGCCAUAAAACAAAGGAUUGUGUAUAAAUGAAUGAAUGUAUGGAGUAUUUGUUUGUCCUCAUCAUGUACAGCAGGUGUCGGUAUGCCUGCUGACGUUUCAGGCUGUUUUGCAAAGGAAAAUUAUGAUACAGCAGAAGUUACAGAGAAAAUGCAAAACAACAUAUUUGUGCUUCACAGAAUUAUGUAUUGACUUUUAUCUUGUGUUUUCUUCUAAUAAAUAAUCAUUUCAAGCCUCUAAAAA